CUGGGCUACCAGGUACCAAAGGAGAUCGAGGAACCGUCGGGGAAAUGGGUCCUUCAGGCGUCAGUGGCGAGCCGGGAUUGCCAGGAACCAAAGGCGAAAUCGGCCCUGCGGGUCCAGUCGGUACUUCGAUUACUUCCAGUGUCGAAGGAGCCAAAGGAAAUCAAGGAGAUCGAGGCAAACGGGGCAAGCCAGGUCCUCCGGGACCUCCUGGACCUCCAAGCGAACCGUCCAAAUCAGGAUCGUCUUCGUCGUCGCAAGGUGGUGAGGAGAGCCCAAAAGGUGUGGCGCCGGGAAUAGUCACCGUCACCAACAUGGAAGCUCUUUUCAAGAUUUCAGACGUCAGCCCCGUCGGAACCAUCGCCUACCUCAACGAGGAGGAGAGUAUUUUACUCCGCGUCCGCAAAGGCUGGCAGUACAUUUCGAUGGGGAAAUUUGUGCCGUUGCCGACCCCGACGACGACGACGACAAUUCCGCCGCCAACCACAUUGAAAAAGUCGGCGCCCAGCGCUGCGGAGAACAUGAUCCCGAAAAUCCCCAGAGUUCCCGGUUUGCGGUUGGUGGCGUUGAACGAACCCCUUACUGGAAACAUGGGCGGCAUCCAGCGCGUGGACUACGCGUGUUACAGACAGGCCCGUCAAGCCGGACUCAGAGGAACUUUUCGAGCCUUUUUAGCUUCGCGUGUACAGAAAAUUGACAAAAUUGUCCGUCCUCCCUACCGUGGGUAUCCAGUCAUCAAUCUCAGGGGUGAGAUGCUAUUCCGGACGUGGAACGAUCUGUUCCAUGGCAGGAGCGCCAGCGAAUUAUCCCCUGCCCGUCGACUGCGACACGACAUUUACAGUUUCAACAACCGCAACAUCUUCAACGACAUUGUCUGGCCGCAGAAGGUGGUCUGGCACGGAGCCGGACCCAGUGGCGAACGCCAACUCGACUCGUACUGCGACGCCUGGACGUCCAGCGACGCCAAGACGCUCGGAGUGGCCGCCUCUCUCAUCGCUUCCUCUCCGUCCUCCCACCAACAGCAGCAGCAGACGGGCGGCGGUGGCGGUGGCAAAUUGUUGGCCCAGGACAAAUUCUCCUGUCAGAACCGAUUCGUCGUCCUGUGCAUCGAAGCCACUAGCCAAGUGGUCGCCAGUGGGUGGGUGAAGCGGGUCGUCGAGCAUUUCGAACAGAAAACUAUCUGAAUACAACGACUUGUUGUCGAAAAAAUAAGUAUAAUCUGUAAUGAAGUAAAACAAAUAAAAGAAUUUCCAAACUAAUUCCAAUUUAAGUCAAAACUUCACCCUGAUUCACCUGUUUUCUAUUGAAUAGUAGGCUAAUAUUAUUCAUUUCCUUUUCCGUGUAAAGUCUCAACAGUCCUAUCCUAAUCAUCUAACUAUUUCAAUCACCAUCAUAAUAAAACCCAGGCUAUAGAAAUUCCAACCAGGUACAGUCAAAAUCCGAAAGUCUUUCUUGAAAAGUUCUGUCUUUUUCUUCUUUUCAAAAAAUGUUGUUUAUGCCAAAGUCCCGAAUAUUUCGCAAUGGGAUUUUUGUUUCGUUUGAUGGUUGGACACUUUGUAACCGAUUUCUUUUGGCAACUUUUGUAGGACCGUCUUCGUCGUCGCAAGGUGGUGAGGAGAGCCCAAAAGGUGUGGCACCGGGAAUAGUCAUGCAUCUGUUCUUGUGUACAUCCAUGUGAGUGUGGAUGUAUUCACGAGGACAUGAUUCAUUCCUUUUCCCUCAUCAAGUCUGGAUUUUAUUCGUCCAGUUAAAACACCCACUCGAUUAAGAACAGGCGUGGCCUUCGUGCAACAUCGAUGACAGCAUGCGCCUUUGGAUAUGGAGUUAUACACAAUAACAGCACCGCACCCUAUGAUGAACCCGAGG